CUCGUUGCUUGGGUGGCUUGUCAAGGAGUGAGAGAAUAGCUACAUGCAGACAAAUAAUUAUGGGUUAGAAAACCACUGAGGGUAUCCCGAGACUAGUGAUGCUUCAGGAUUGUCUCAAGAACUGUCUCAAUGUAAAGGAGAAGUGGACAGUGGGUGCAUUGCGAGGAUAUAGCGGUAUAUUCGUUUGCCUUGGUUCGGUGGGUCGUACGGCAGUAGUAGUCACCUACUGUAUGAACAGUACCAAGUACUGUACAUACUGCAUACAGAUCAGAUCUGCCGCUGAGCGAAAAUACAGAUUGAAAUUUUGUGUGCGAUAUCGGUAUUGAAAGAAAGAUGAGUAUGAUCUCAGAAAGCUGUUCAC